ACGCAGUGAUGCGGUUACGGGUCGGGGUGAUCGUCGCCGUCGCCGUCGCCAUCGCCAUCCGGGGAUGCGGGGCCGAAAGGAACGUGGCCACCGAGUCGCACGGAUGUCCGAGUUGGGAAGCGAAUCCCUGGUGUUCGUGUUACGAUCACGACGGAGGUCUAUACUUGGAAUGUCCCGGCAUCGAGCUGAGCAUCUUGGCGACCGUCUUGGGGCUCGUAUCUCAGCCGGUGAUGGAUCUCCGGCUUUACGAACUGGAUCACGGCAUCGCGACUCUACCCGAGAACUUAUUCCGGGAGUCCCAAGUCAGGGCCAUCCAAAUCACGUACAGUAGCAUCCAGCGGAUCGAUGCCGGAUGCUUCCGGGGCUUGGAAAACUCCUUGGAGAAACUCUCCGUCAUCAACAGCAAUCUCACGGCGAUUCCCAUCGACGCUUUCAAGAGACUUCAUGCACUCAAAUCCCUCUCGAUCGAAUCUAGUCAAGUGAAGAACUUGGAAUCCCAUGCUUUCCGGGAGCUGCCUCUACGAACUCUGAGUCUGAAGGGCAACGAAAUCAAGGACAUCUCGGAGACGGCCUUCCUCGGUUUGGACGAGACGUUAUCGUCUCUGGACUUGAGUCACAAUGCCCUCAAGAGUCUACCGCUUUCGGCUCUGGCGAAUCUCAAAUCCCUCUCCACGCUCGACGUCGCCGGGAAUCAGAUCCAAAGCCUGGAAUACGAGGAAGACGCGGAAUUGGAGGCGCUCACUCGCCUCGAUGUCAGUUCCAAUGAGAUCAGAGAGUUGAAAAACACGUCCCUGCUUUUCGUCCCGAACGUGAGAAGCGUUUCCUUGGGUUUUAAUCGACUGAAACAGGUGGACCCACUCGCCUUUUCUUUCUUACCGCAUCUGGAGAACGUAGACUUGAGUCACAACAGUCUGCAUGGGAUCCAUCGUCAAGGACUCUUCUCUAACAAUCCCCGAUUGGAGACCGUGGACAUGAGCUACAACUUUCUCCAUUCCGUCCCUCGGAAUCUCUUCAGGGAUCGCUUCGACCUCCGGGAGGUUUUCCUCUCUCACAACGACAUCAAGGACUUGUCCGAGGGGACGUUUCGCAAUGCAUCGGGCGUGAGAGUAUUGCAUCUUCAGAACAAUGCCAUCGGAGCGAUCCACGAACGCGCCUUGCAAGACCUCAUCGCCCUGGAUCAACUUUAUCUCAGCUUCAACCAACUACAAAGCGUUCCUCGAAGUUUCUUGGGGAAUAAUCGGGAACUCACUUAUCUCGGAUUGGACCACAAUCGGUUGAAAUCCCUGGAACCGGGGAUCUUCGACAACCUUUCGAAGUUGGUGGUUCUGAGACUCCAGAGCAACGAACUCGGAGAAAUCCGGGAGCCCGUCUUUCGAUAUCUGACUCAAUUGAAGGAACUCCAUCUCCAGGACAACGAGAUCGGAUGGAUCGAGGACGGCGCAUUCCUCUCCAUGGCCAAUCUUCAGUUGCUGCAUCUCCAGAAUAACAGACUCAAGAGCAUGGGGAACAUCCUCAGGAAUUCUCCGCCCACUCUCAUUUCCCUUCAGUUGGACAAUAACCAGAUCCAAGAAAUCCAUCCCGGAUUCAUGGAAGGACAGGAAGAGUUGCGCAUCGUCUCCUUGGAAAAUAACUCCUUGCAAAAGCUUCCGGCACGACUCUUCAAGGGACUGAAGAAGCUGAAGAAACUGAAUCUCCGGAACAAUUCCAUCGAGAGCAUCGAAGAGGGAUGCUUUCAGGAUGCCCAUCAUUUGGAAGUACUGCAAUUGUCCGGAAAUCAUUUGAAGGAGAUACCCGAGCACGCAUUCGAAGGUGGAAGAGUUUUGAAGGAACUCGACCUGAGAGGAAACCUCAUCGGAGAUAUCAGUCCGGGGGCAUUCAAAUCCCUCAAGGGCUUGAAACGCCUCGAUCUGAGUCGAAACAAACUUAUCGGGAUCCAGAAGGAUGUGUUCUUGGAGGAAUUGCCCCUUGAAUCCCUGGAUUUAAGCGAAUGCCUCAUCGAAGACGUUCAAGAGGGUUCCUUUCAACGGCUCCCCGUCUUGAAAGAGUUAAACCUGGCCGGAAACUUGAUUCCUCAUCUUUCCCUUUCCUUCCUGUGGAUCCCCACGUUGACUUCCCUCGAUGCGACGGGGAAUCCGAUCAGGAAGGUGGACGAAAACGUGUUCAGAGGAGUUCCCGAACUUCGUACCCUCAAGAUGGGUUCGUGCGGAUUGGAGAAUUUCACGUCUUUCUUCUUCAAAGACUGCCUGGAACUCCGGGAACUCACAUUGUCUCAGAAUCCCCUGAAGGAAGUGAAUUUCAAGGUCUUCUCCGUCAUGCCGAAUCUCAGGGAAAUCGAUCUGAGAGACUGUGAGCUCCGAGGAACAUCCCUGGUGAGAACCGACGACAUCUUAUCCAAGCUCGAAGUCUUGGAUCUCUCGUCGAACGCUCUCGAAGAAUUGCCCGAUCUCGUCUUGAAAUCUUUUCCGAAUCUAAGGAAGCUGAGCUUGGAGAACGCAUCUUUGGUCUCCGUUCGAGGAUCGGCUUUCGGGCACCUGGAACUCUUAUCGGAUCUGAGUCUGAAAGGGAACCAUCUUCAGAGCCUGCCCGUGGAACUGCUCCAGAAUCAGACGUCUCUGGAGAGACUGGAUCUGAGCGGGAACGAAUUGAAGGAAAUGCCCCAGGUUCUGAUCGAGCAGAAGCUGCCGAAUCUCCGUCACGUGGUGCUGAGAGGAAACCCGAUGGAACGGCUGUCGUCGCAUGCGGUCUCGCCCAGAACGUCGGAGAGCACGCAGGAAUUGGAUUUGAGCAACGGGAGCCUCAAGAGCAUCUCGGGGAAAGACUUCCACAGUUAUCCCAAUCUUCUCGUCUUGGAUGUGAGUUACAACGCGAUCGUGGAGAUCGCGCCGAACGCCCUUCAGGACCUCGGCAAGCUUUCCGUCCUGAACCUCGGCUACAAUGCUCUUUCCGAGAUCCUCAAGACGUCUUUCCGCGGGCUCCGCAUGCUCGGCACGCUCAAUCUCACCCACAAUCGAAUCGAGAAGUUGGGGAAAUUUCCUCCGGAUCUGGAGAACUUGAAAAUUUUGGACCUUUCCUCGAACCGGAUCGCGGCGUUGGUGGGAGGGGAAUUCCAGAAACUCGGAAGCCUGGAAACGUUGAUCCUCGGUCACAAUCCUCUGGUGGAGGCGAAAGACGACGCUUUCAAGGCGCUGCGAUCCCUCAGGCAUCUCGACCUCGGCCAUAAUCGUUUCGUCGACCUUUCCCCCGACUUAUUCGCACCCGUGGAAGAGGGGCUCAUCUCUCUCCGUCUCGAAGGGAAUCCCUUCAAAUGCGAAUGCAAUCUACGGGAGCUGUGGGAUUGGCUCCAACAGCACGGACGGUUCAUCACGGAACAGUCAUCGCAGAAGACCGUCUGUCACACUCCGCCCCAAGUUGCUGGACUCGAAAUCCUGGAUCCCCUUGGGAUGCAACGAAUCUGUUUCACCCCGUUCGUGACGUCGUUGCACGUGGAAGACUUGCGGCCCACGUCCUUGACCCUGUCGUGGGAGACGCACAACGGAAUGAACCCCGGCUCGGGGUUCUACGUCUCGUAUCACCCGCUGGACUUCGACGCGAAGGUCCUUCAAGUCCACAUGCCUCCGACGACCCGAAAUCGGCAACUCAGAGACCUUCGACCCAGGACUUCUUAUCUCCUCUGUGUGAUAGCCAUGGAUUCGUCGGACAGUGACGUCACGAUGGACGUGGACGAAUCCAACGCUCAGACUCGGUGCCGGGAAGUGGAAACGCCCGAAGAAGAAUUCGAAGACGGGCUCUCGGGCAGUCCUCACGUCCUCGUGUCCAACUUCGGCCUCAUCUUGGGCUGCGGACUGGCGAUCGGCAUGAUCUGCCUCCUCGUCCUCCUCGCCAUCAUCAUGGUGAAGCGGAAAAAAAGACGAGGUGGUCAAGCGGGGACGAAGAGGGAUUUCUCUCCUCCUCCUCCGCCUCCACCCCCUUCUUCCGCGGAAUAUCUCUCCUAUCGACAUUUCUCGCUGAACACGAACGAGUCCGGGACCGGAACGAGGACCUACACGAACAGCCAUUAUUGAUGAGGAACGACCGAUGAGUCCUCGCGUGUGCAAUCUUUUCUUUCUUCCUGUCUUCACCAAAUGUCUCAUAAAACCAAGGAUGCGAGAAUGAAACCUUUUACCUCCUUCGUUUGCUCGCAGAGAACGAGAAAUUAAAAAAAAAACGAUAAAAAGACCAACGGAUGGACGGGUCGCGCGAUUCAGAGCGACG